AUGUACAUAAACCGCCUAUUACUCGCGCUUGCUGUAGUACUGUUCUCAGUACUCGUGCUCGCAGCAGAAGAUUACUACAAAGUGCUUGGUCUGGACAAGUCGGCUUCCGAGAAAGAUAUCAAGCGCGCGUACCGCACGCUCAGCAAGAAGUACCAUCCAGACAAGAACCCCAACGACGAAUCAGCCCGUGAGAAAUUCGUCGAACUCGCAGACGCAUACGACGUCCUCUCCACCACCUCCCUUCGCAAAAUCUACGACCAAUACGGGCAUUCCGGCGUCGAACAACAUCGUAAAGGUGAACAAGCUGGCGGCCGCGGUGAUCCCUUCGAUCUAUUCUCACGCUUCUUCGGCGGCGGCGGACACUUCGGACACUCGUCCGGUGCGCGGCGUGGGCCGGACAUGGAAGUGAAAGCGCAAUUACCGCUUCGGGAUUUCUACAUGGGUCGCGAGAUCUCAUUCCUCGUUGAGAAGCAGCAGAUAUGUGAUUCGUGCGAGGGGUCCGGAUCUCGGGAUCACAAGGUUGAGACGUGUGAUCGGUGUAAUGGACGGGGAGUGGUGAUUCAGAAACAUAUGCUUGCGCCGGGCAUGUUCCAGCAGGUUCAGAUGGCUUGUGAUAAGUGCGGAGGACAGGGGAAGCAGAUUAAGAAUCCGUGUCCUGUUUGUAAGGGCGCGAGGGUUGUUAGGAAGGGUGUUGAGACGACUGCUGAGAUUGAGCCGGGCAUGGAACGGGGACACAGACUGGUGUUUGAGAAUGAUGCCGAUGAGAGCCCGGACUGGGUUGCUGGUGAUUUGAUUGUGAUUCUAGAUGAGAAAGAGCCUGAGUUGGGGGUUGAGAUGGAGGAGAGGACGGAUGGGACUUUCUUCAGGAGGAAGGGGAAGGAUCUUUACUUCAAGGAGACGCUAUCUUUGAGAGAGGCGUGGAUGGGUGGGUGGAGCAGGAAUGUGACGCAUCUUGAUGGCCAUAUUGUUAGGCUUGGGAGGAAGAGGGGGGAUGUUGUGCAGCCCUUGGCUGUUGAGACGGUGAAGGGAGAGGGUAUGCCGUAUUACUCUGUUGGUGGGUUGCAUGAUCAUGAUCACCAGGAGGGUGAUGAUGAGCCGGGCAAUCUUUAUGUUGAGUAUGUGGUUGUUUUGCCUGAUGAGAUGGAGAGUGGCAUGGAGAAGGAGUUCUUUGCAUUGUGGGAGAAGUGGCGCAAGAAGACUGGUGUCGAUCUGGCUACUGAUUCCGGUCGACCGAUGCCUCCGCCGGCGGAGAUGAAGGAUGAGCUGUGA